GUCCUGCAGCGGCACCCAACAGGCAACGAGGUGGAAGAUGGCCCCACGCUGCUCAGCUGCCCAGAGAACCGGCCGUUCAAGGAGCUUCAACGCUUCGGCCAGCCCUUCUGGGGCCACUUCCGCCGGAGGAAGCUGAUGCUGCCGCAGGAAAGCAUCAUGCCGUAUGGGCUGCAGAUCGUGGACACGCCAGGUAUGAUCGACAUGCCUGUGAAGUCCGAGAGCAUGGCCGGUGGUCGAGGCUACAACUUCUUGGAAGUCGUCCGCUGGUUUGCGAAACGUGCAGAUCUGAUCCUGCUGCUCUUCGAUCCGGACAGGCCCGGUACAACGGGUGAGUCGUUGGAUGUGCUGACGCGAUCCAUGGCUGGGCUGGACCACAAGUUUGUCAUCAUCCUCAACAAGGUGGACCAGCUUGACAGCAGUGUGGACUUUGCGCGCGCCUACGGAACGCUCGGCUGGGCGCUGUCCAAGGUGCUCUGGGCUCUGGGUUUGAGACCUUUCGAAUCCUUCACUUCAUCGCCGGAUUGGCCCACGAGGAUGCUUGGUGCUUUCAGUCUCCAAGAGGACAUUCCUCAGAUCUACACGAUGUACAAUGCCGGCGUGGAGCACGCGGAGUCCGGAACGGUGUCCGUGAACACAAACUCCCACUGGAGGCUCGGCCUGUGUACCGAAGAUGUGCAUGCACCUCGUUUCAAGCUCCAAGUCAUCCUCGUAGAUCGUGAAGCGCAGACGUCAUCUACACUGCACCUCGCCCAACGGGCCUUCCGGCAAAAACGCGAGGAGGUCGUCCAGGAGGUCCUCCGGGCGCGGACUCGCCACUGGGAUAAUGUCAUCACUGCGACGGAGGACACGCUGCGACAGCUGGAGAUGGUGUGCACCGUCACCAGUGCUGUGAGCCAGCGUGUGCGGAGGCAGGCGAAGGAGGCAACCCUCUGGUCUUCUUGCUUAGUUGGCAUUCCAGCCAUGGUCGGAUUCAAGCUUCUGCAUGACCGAUGGGCAGGCAGCCGGUGGUUUGGCGCCAGCACAGCUGGCGUUGCACUUCUCCUGACCUUCGGUGUCAGUCGGCUGGUCUCCGACUGCGAGGGCGGUGUGGUCCCAGCGGAGGAAAAAGACUACGAGGCCCUCCUCACAGCUCAGCUGGACCAGCUCCGUGCGAAUCUGCUUCAGCAGCACCGGGCCGAGACGGAUCGGCUGCGAAAGCACAACCUCAAGCUCCGAGCUGAGCUGGGGCUCCUGCACCAGGGCAUAUCUGCCGAUGAUGACCCGUUGGUCACCGUGGCUGACAAGGACCUUGCAAAUUCGCCAGCUCCGCUAUUGGUGGAACUUCAUCCAGCAUCGGAUGAAAAAGAUCGCUUGACCGAGCCGGCACACAGGUGGGGCCUUCUCGUGGCUUCUUUACUGGACGGUGAGGACUCUGGGUGGGAUCCUGCCCCUGUUUCUCCUCCUGCGGCCAGCUUUACGCCGGCGCCUCUGCAAAUGAAAGCUUCCUGGGCAGCCGGUGUACACCAGAUGCGGCAAUUCCGAAGCUACCGGACAACACUGAGCUCGAAGAACAGCACAAUGCGGAUGCAAGAUGCUGUGCAAGAGGAGGAUAGCAUCUUCCAGCGCUUCGUCGUGGGCCCACGCAGCAAGCAGCAAAUGAUUUGGUCUACUGUCGGAGCGAUAUGGAUCGUCUGGGACCUGAUUACUAUUCCUCUGGGUCUUUUUGAAGAUGAAGACUUCAUCCGACUCAUGUCCACCGUGGCACGGGUCUCCUUCGUGUACUGGUUCUUCGACAUACCGGUUCACUUCUUCUUUGGCAUCGAGAAGCGAGGGAAGCUCGAGAUGCGGCCGUCCGUCCUUGCGAAACACUACUUGCGCGGGUGGUUUUGGGUGGAUGUCAUGAUCGUGGCGUUGGAUGCAACGCUGAUCCUGGUGGAAGCCCUGCGUGACAUGGGCGUGAAUUCGACCAUCUUUCGAUCUGCGCGCUUCCUUCGGACGCUGCGCCUGCUGCGGUUGCUUCGCCUUCUGCGCGUGGCGAAGCUUCAGCAGGAGCUCAUGAUCCUAGCAAACAGCUUUCUCUCGACUCAUGCGUUCAUGGUCGUGAAGAUUUGUGUCGGGCUGGUCAUGAUGCUGAUGAUCAAUCACGUUAUUGCUUGCUGCUGGUACGGCAUCGGUACCUUUGACAUGAAUGGCAAGAACUGGAUUGUGCAAGCAGAAAUGGAGUCAGCCCCCUUCGGCGAGGCUUAUGCUGCAUCGAUGCACUGGGCGCUAACCCAGUUUACACCGGCCACGCAGGACAUCGCCGCGAGCAAUGCGAUGGAGCGCGUGUUCGCUCUCCUGGUCAUUCUCAUGGCCAUUGGGGUCUUCUCGUCCUUCAUUACUUCCAUCACGGCUACAAUGAGCUCUCUGCGGAAAGCAAGAGACGACAGUAACAAAACGCAGAUGACGCUGUUCCGCUUCUUCAACCAACGGAAUCUUUCGGUGGGCCUGUAUGGAUGGUCUCGCGUCAGUGCGUGUGAAGGAGAGUGA